CUUGUAUCAUCGUGCGACUCUUGUCUCGCUGAACACCAUCAUCCCCAAGCAGCGCCCGUACAUCCACGCAAUCCUACUUUCUACGUUUGAAUAAUGGCCGAAAUCAGGAGGAAGCUUGUUAUCGUUGGUGAUGGUGCUUGUGGAAAGACGUGUUUGUUGAUAGUUUUCUCCAAAGGAACAUUUCCUGAGGUCUAUGUUCCGACCGUCUUCGAGAACUAUGUGGCAGAUGUGGAGGUUGAUGGAAAGCACGUAGAGCUUGCGCUAUGGGAUACGGCAGGACAAGAAGACUAUGACCGUCUCAGACCUCUCAGCUACCCAGACACCCACGUCAUUCUUAUCUGCUUUGCUGUAGACUCACCAGAUUCUCUGGACAACGUUCAAGAAAAGUGGAUUUCUGAGGUGAUGCACUUCUGCGCCGGUCUUCCUAUCAUUCUUGUUGGCUGCAAGAACGACCUCAGACGUGACCGACGAGUGAUUGACGAGCUCAAGAAGACGAGCCAGAGACCUGUAACUCCUGAGGAGGGUAUGGCCGUGGCAAACAAGAUUGGCGCAAGGCACUAUCUCGAGUGUUCUGCUAGAACAGGCGAGGGCGUUCGCGAAGUCUUCCAAUAUGCUACGAGGGCUGCACUUCUUAGCCGGCCCAAGAAUAGCAAGAAACACCACUGCGUGGUUGUGUAGGCUAUCCGUCUUACUUUCCACCCUCGCCGCACCGCACCGCUUCUGACUACACCCUUGCCCCUGUCAAGAGUCCAUACCCUUCACGACUAGUUGUUAUUUGCAAUCUUCAUGAUCUGUCCUUUCCCUCACUC